AUGGGCUGGGAAUAUGCCCAAGUACAUCUCAAGUACACGAUACCGUUUGGUGCCGUGCUGUUCGCCGUGUACAGGCCAUUGAUGUCACGGUUGGACAUUUUUAAACUCAUAUUUAUGAUAACAACUGCCGUGGUUUCUACAAUUCCUUGGGACUCUUAUCUCAUCAGAAACCGAAUAUGGACAUAUCCUCCAGGAGUUGUUGUAGGGUGGACUGCGUGGGAUAUCCCCGUUGAGGAACUGUUCUUCUUCGUGAUCCAAACCCUCAACACCUCGCUCCUGUACAUGCUUCUUAGCAAACCGACAUUUCAUCCGGUUUAUCUCAGCAAAGCUAGUAGCUCUGGAAAGAUAGCUGGACAAAUUCUGUUUGCCUCGGCUAUCAUUUUCGGAUUGGUUUCUGUCCGGAGUGGUGGUGAGGGCAUGUACAUGGGCCUUAUCCUGAUCUGGGCUUGCCCAUUCCUCCUGUUUCUAUGGACUAUUUCAUACCAGUUUAUUGUGAAUCUCCCUUGGACCAAUACUCUGCUUCCAAUUGCUCUGCCAACUGUGUAUUUGUGGGUUGUUGACACUUUUGCGUUGCGGAGAGGAACAUGGAGUAUCACCUCGGGCACUAAAUACGGUAUUGUGCUUUGGGAUGGCUUGGACAUUGAGGAGGCGGUUUUCUUCCUUCUUACCAACACCUUGAUUGUCUUUGGCCUUAUCGCAAACGACAACACCUUGGCUAUUCUGGACACAUUCCCUGAGCAUUUUCCCAAGAACAAGGGUUUCCCAACCCUUGGAUUGGUCAUUCGAGCCCUUCUUUUGCCAGAAGACAAAUAUGACCAAGAGAGAAUAUCAGGCCUGGUAAGCGCAGUUGACCUUCUCAGGAAGAAGAGUCGCAGCUUCUACCUCGCUAGUGGCGCCUUUGAAGGAAGACUCCGAAUUGAUCUCAUCCGUCUUUACGCUUUCUGCAGAGCUGCGGACGAUCUUGUAGACGAGGCACCUUCUGUUGAUGACUCCAGAGCAUCCAUUGAAAAGUUGAGGGAAUUUUUGAACAUUGCCUAUAAAGAAAACGAAGAUGAGGAGAUCUCGCCCCGACUUCGCGAAUUUGUCACCUCGAACUUUCCAGAAAUGUUCCACAUGGCUCUCCUUCAACUUCCAACCUUUUAUCUACCAAAACAGCCUCUUGAUGACUUACUCAAGGGAUUCGAUACUGACCUUCUCUUUGACCGAAAAUCUGGCAAGUUUCCCAUCGAGUCUACUGAAGAUUUGGAUAUCUACGGUAGCCGUGUAGCUGGAACAGUUGCUGAACUUUGCAACCAUCUCAUUCUUUACCACACUCCUGAGUCAGUGUCUCCUGAAGUUCAGCGCGAGGUUGUUGCCUCUGGUCAAGAAAUGGGCAUUGCACUUCAAUACGUCAACAUCGCUCGCGAUAUCAAGGUUGAUGCUGAGAUCGAUCGCAUCUACCUUCCUCUCUCCUGGCUUAAGGAGGCUCAACUCACACCUGAAGGUGUGAUGCAGCAACCAUAUGGUCCUAAGAUUGAGAGUCUACGCCAGAAGCUUCUUGAUCGCGCUUUUGAAAAGUACGAUGCUGCCAAGGGAGCAAUUGACAAGCUUCCUUCAGAAGGAAAAGGCCCAAUUCGAGUUGCUGUCGAGAGCUAUAUGGAGAUUGGACGUGUGCUUAGAGAAACGGGACCUGUUAUGAAGAAAGGAAGAGCUACUGUUCCCAAGUCGAGACGCAUUCGGGUUGCUUGGUCUGCAUUGAAUCGCUAG